AGAAGCGCGAGUCGAACAGCAAGGCUAACUCCACUACCUAUUUAAAGAUGUUGAAUGACUUUAAAAUGAAGGAUCAACUGCGGAGCGAUACCAGUUCUUUGGAUGGUAAGAUCGGCGCUGACUUUCGACAGCAGGCCGUGUGUGAGGGCUGCGCGCAGAUCAUUUCAGACCGUUUCCUGAUGAGGGUCAAUGGCGCGUCCUGGCACCAGAAGUGCCUUCAGUGCGCUGCGUGCCAGCAACCGCUCACCGACACCUGCUACUUCAGAGACACAAAGCCGUACUGCAAGAGCGACUACCAACAGUUGUUUGCUGUGGAGUGCAGCAACUGUCUUGGAAAGAUAGCGCCCACAGAGUUUGUUAUGCGAGCUCUGGACAGUGUUUACCAUCUCAGCUGCUUCUGCUGCUGUGUCUGCCAGCGCCAGCUGUGUAAAGGAGAUGAGUUUGUACUGAAAAAAGGUCAGCUGCUGUGCAAGACUGACUAUGAGAGAGAGAGGGCCCUGCUCAGUACACUCAGUACAGACAUCACAGACUCAGAUAAGAAUGAGGAUGAGGACGAGGAUGUGAAAUCAGAAAAAACCCUAUCAGUCAGGAAAUGCAGCAGUGACAGCAAAGAACCCCUAAGGCCCAAACGCCCACGCACCAUCCUGACCACCCCGCAGCAGAGAGCCUUUAAGGCCUCUUUUGAGGUUUCUUCCAAACCCUGCAGAAAGGUAAGAGAGACCCUGGCUGCAGAGACUGGACUUAGUGUUCGUGUGGUCCAAGUCUGGUUCCAGAACCAGAGAGCAAAGAUGAAGAAGUUAGCCCGCAGACAACAGCAACAGCAGGAGCAACACAACAGCCAAAGGCUAGGCCAAGGUAUUGACUUCAUCCAUGACAUUGACAGUGAGACCUCUCUGACAAGUCUAAAUGAUUGCUUCAUGGCCACUCCAGAUGAAGCCUCUUUACAUGAAAGGGUGGGGAACACCAUUGACUGUCUUCACUCCAUGCAAAGCUCAUACUUCUUAAGACACAUCAUCAGUUUCAGUUCUUCUCAGCCCACCAUACCUCCUACCAGGCUGUGGACGGUGAGCCCACAAUAG